AAAGACGGGUAUAUUUUAACAGAAUAGUCGGCAAUGUUAUCUAGUAGAGUAAUUUUCAGAAGCACUUUGUGCAAGCAAUACGUGCGUUUCCAAUCAACCACCGGUUUGACCAAGGCCGAGUUGGAAAAGAACCCAGCCGCCCAACAAGCUCCAAACAGACAAACCACUUGGUCGCAAAGUCAAGAAGGUAGAGCUGAUGUUAUUGCCCGUAACCCACACAGAUUCGUUCAAAAGGACUUGGAUUUGCAACCUAGACCAUAUGCUGCUAUCGACUUGAUUGCACAAGAACCAGUUCGUUACCUUGAGCACGGAAACAUUGCUGUUUGUGACGGUAACAGAGGUAACACUUUACAGGGACAUCCAAAGGUCUUCAUUAACUUGGACCAAGCUAAGCCAAACACUUGUGGAUACUGUGGUUUGAGAUACGCCAAGCUGGAGUUCAAGCAAGCCAUUGAAGCUGCUGAAAAGUAAGCGACUUUUUAGAUCGUAAAUUUUCCAUAUGGAUCUGAAGUAUUCAACCCUAGAGGUUUAAUAUAUUCACUCUAUGUGGACUUACUUUAUAAUGGUCGUUGGACAAUUGAUGAACUUGUCCAUGGCUACUGUGAAGUGAUCUUGAUGAGAAGUGGUAGGAAAGAGUAAAGAGAUGGAGAAAGUAAAGAAGGAGAGAAGAAAGGAGAACGUUCCAAAAGAAGAGUAAAGAAACAUAUUGAUUCUUGGUGGGACGUUGAAACAGGAGUAGCAUAUUAUCAUAUUCAUAGACAAAACGACAGCACUUAUGUAAACCAUUAAAGUUAUAUUUUUCCAGUGUGUGUUGUUAUUCGAAUACAAA